AUGGCCGCUAACAAUGAUUUCAUCAAGGAUAUAACUAUUUCAAAGAUGCAAUGGAAGUUGAAAGUUCUCGUUGUCCGUAUGUGGGAAAAACCGGAUCGUUUUAAUCCUGGCUCUAUAUUCUCCAUUGAAUUGGUUCUACAAGAUGAAAAGGGUGAUCGUAUACAUGCUUCUAUUGGGAAGUCUGUUUUGCAUAUUUUCAACAAAAAAAUUAAUGAGCUUGGAUUAUAUCUUAUGGCGAACUUUAUCGUCUGCCAAAACAAGGAGAGGUUCAACACCACAAAACAUAGAUUGAUGCUGACGUUUACUCAACGUACAACAGUGGCUGAAACAAUUGAUCCACUUUUUCCGAUGAAUAUCUUUGAUCUGCGACCAUAUCAUCAAUUGAUAAAUAAAGUUGAUGUCAACGAGAGUGAAUUAUUUGAUGUUAUCGGAGAGAUUGUCAAUUUUAGUGAGGUCCAAUCGCAAAAACAAGGUGAAAUUACUAGGAAGUAUAUGGAUAUCGAACUAGAAGAUGAUGAGUAA